GCAUCCUUCCCCAGAGGUGCUGGGAAGACACCCUGGAGCUUGUUGUUGGGUGGUCGGGGCAGCAACAGCCAAGCAGAUCCCCCUGGGCGCUGAGGUUCCCUGAAAAUCGGUUGGGCAGGCCAGCACCCUGCUCUCUGCCCUCACCCCCAUGGCACUUGGUGAGGGCCUGGGUAUUUCAACCCAUGAGCCAAAGAAUGAGGGAGCUAGAGAGGCCAGGAGCACUCUCGGGGGCGAGACCCUGCUGCUGGAGCUAGAGCCAGUGGUCUUAGCCAGCCGUCUUCUUCCCCUGGGCCUCGCGGGGCAGUGCGGAGACCCAGAAAGUCUGCACAGACUAAGCCUGCAGCGACCCCACCCUGGGAGCUGAUCCAGACAGGUCUAGAGUCUGGGGGCUGAGACCUCUGCUAGAGACCCUGUCAAGGUCCGGAGGCCUGGUCCCCACACCUGGGGGCUCUGUCUGAGGCCAGGGGCCCUGUCCCCAUACCCCGGGGGCUCUGAGGCUAGGUGCUCUGUCUCUGCACCCGGGGAUUCUGAGGCCAGGGGCAUGGUCCCCACACCUGGGGGAGACAUGACCACAGGCUGCUCUGGGAGACCAGCCCAGUCUUGGAGGCUCCGCCUGUGCAGGUGGAGGGACCACAGUGGGAACAGCCCUGCCCUGCCUCCCUGGGCCCUUGACAAGUGGCCAGGAGCCAGGUCACCUGAGAGGGGAGCCCGACAAUGGUGGUUCCUGGGGCCCAGGACCCAGAGAAGGCGGCAAAGCCGCAUUCCAGGCCACCCGUGGGUUCACCCACAGCCCCUCCCUUCGUGCUGGUGCCAGGCAGACACCUGGUGGGGCCCCUUCCUGCCUUGAAGUAGGAGCAUGGGGCAGCUGCUGGAGGGCUGGGAGCCCACCCUAUUGCAUCACUACCCCACUAGCCACAGGAGGGGGCAUGGGGGCUGGGGCCAGAGCUGGCGUGACACAGCCUGUCGUCACUCUAGGAAAUGAGGAAGUCUGCAUGGCCAGGGUUCUAUGGGGCUGCGAAGGCGGGAGGGCCACAUUCCAACCUGUACCCGACUUCCCGCCAGCCCAGGCACUGCUGGCUAAGGACUGCUGAGUGAGGCCACUGGCGUGUCCUCUCCCGCCAUGUCGGACUAUGAGAACGAGGAUGAGUGCUGGAGCGCCCUGGAGGGUUUUCGGGUGAAGCUCAUCUCAGUCAUCGACCCCUCCCGCAUCACCCCGUACCUGCGCCAGUGCAAAGUCCUCAACCCUGACGACGAGGAGCAGGUGCUCAGCGACCCCAGCCUGGUCAUCCGCAAGCGCAAAGUGGGCGUCCUCCUGGACAUCCUGCAGCGGACGGGCCACAGGGGCUACGUGGCCUUCCUGGAGAGCCUGGAGCUCUACUACCCACAGCUGUACAAGAAGGUCACUGGCAAGGAGCCGGCCCGCGUCUUCUCCAUGAUCAUAGACGCCUCGGGGGAGUCGGGCCUGACGCAGCUGCUGAUGAGCGAGGUGCUAAAGCUGCAGAAGAAGGUGCAGGAGCUGACGGCGCUGCUGACCUCCAAGGACGACUUCGCCGAGGAGCUGCGGGUCAAGGACAGCCUGCUUCGCAAGCACCAGGAGCGCGUGCAGCGGCUGAAGGAGGAGUGCGAAGCCCUCGGGCGUGAGCUCAAGCGCUGCAAGGAGGAGAACCACGACCUGGCCCUGCGGCUGGCACGUCAGAGUGAGGAGAAGGGCGCGGCCCUCAUGCGCAACCGUGACCUGCAGCUGGAGGUGGACCGGCUCAAGCACAGUCUCAUGAAGGCAGAAGACGACUGCACGGUGGAACGCAAGCACACGCUGAAGCUGCGGCACGCCAUGGAGCAGCGGCCCAGCCAGGAGCUGCUGUGGGAGCUGCAGCAGGAGAAGGCCCUGCUGCAGGCCCGAGUGCAGGGGCUGGAGGCCUCCGCCCAGGACAGGAGGCGGGACAGGAGCGGCACCUACAUCCAGGUGCUGGAGGAGGACUGGAGGCAGGCCCUGCGUGACCACCAGGAGCAGGCCAGCAUCAUCUUCUCCCUGCGCAAGGACCUGCGCCAGGCCGAGGCCCAGCGGGCCAGGUGCGUGGAGGAGAAGGAGAUGUUCGAGCUACAGUGCCUGGCCCUGCGCAAGGACUCCAAGAUGUACAAGGACCGCAUCGAGGCUGUCCUGCAGCAGAUGGAGGAGGUGGCCAUUGAGAGGGAUCAGGCCGUGGUGACUCGAGAGGAGCUGCACACGCAGCAGGCACGGUGCCUGCAGGAGAAGGACAGGCUGCGGAAGCGUAUCCGCGAGCUGGGCGAGAAGGCAGAUGAGCUCCAGCUGCAGCUGUUCCAGCGUGAGGGCCAGCUGCUGGCCGCGGAGGGCCGCCUAAAACGACAGCAGCUGGAGACACUUGUCCUGAGCUCCGACCUGGAGGACAGCUCUCCUAGGAGCUCCUGGGAGCUCUCACUGCCCCAGGGCCUAGAGGAGGACGCCCAGCUCUCUGACAAAGGUGGCCCGGCUGAGGGGCAGAGCCUGGAGCAACCCUUGGUGGCUCUACAGAAGGAGCAGCUUUCACUGACCCCCAACGGCACAGGACUGAGUGGCGGGGAGCCCCCUGAGAAGGAGCGUCGGCGGCUCAAGGAGAGCUUCGAGAACUACCGCAGGAAGCGGGCCCUCCGCAAGAUGCAGAACGGCCUGCGGCAGGGGGAGGUGGACUGGGAGAACACCACCGGCAGCGACAACACGGACACGGAGGGCUCCUAGCCCGCCAGGCCGCGGGCGCCCACGCGGCAGGUGACGCCGUCAGGUGGCCGCCCCAGCGCGCGGCCUUCACCGGGCGGCCCGGCCAGCCCCGUCCCGGGAGGAGGAGCCCGAGGCGGCCGGCGGCGGUGCGCGGCGUGGACAGCUGGCCCCGCAGGCUUCCCCGGAGCUGACGACGACCCGAGAGCCGGGAGACCGCCGCUGUCGCUAGGGGUGCCUUCCCGUGUCGGUGCGCGCACACCUGUGUGGUUUUUAAAGUCUUGCUCUAUGUUUGUUGUAUAGCACGUGUUCGUUGUAAAAACUGAGCUAAUAAAAGCGACUCGCGGAUGUCCCGCCGCUCGGAGAAGCGUCUUC